GCUGGACCCGAGCAUGCGAGCUGUGAAGCAAGGCCAUGGAACAGCAGAAGCAGCUAUAAAAGGUAGUGCUGGGUAUUGCCAGCUUUCAAUCAACGAUUUGAAAGGGCUUUUGAAGCACGGGAUUUUGCAGGAAGUUGAAGCAUUGAAGGAGCCAGCAGCACGGUUGAGAUGUUCUGAGUACUGCAACAUGGUGCCAGCGUCAAUCUAGCAGCUUACACGCUGAGAAUCAUGAAUGCGAGCUGAGAAGCAGAAGCAUUUAACCUCCACUGAUUGCAGACACCAUGGCUGCUCCACUGGAGGAUGACGCAGUUCGCAUCAGCAUCUAUCUUAGAGUCCGGCCUGUCACAAAUCCUGCCUCCAAGGUGGAGAUUGAGGCAGACGAAGGCCAGGUCGCCUUCACCUUACCACGCGAUGCAGCUGGUGGAUACGUCAACAACUCCAGGGAAAAUUAUGCAUUCAAGUUUGAUGGCAUCUUUGAUGCGGAGGCCAAACAGGACGUCAUCUUUGAGCGCACCUCCCACAAGGUGGUCGUCGGCGCUUUGGACGGGAUCAACGGCACCAUCUUUGCCUACGGACAGACUGGAUCCGGCAAGACUUUCACCAUCACCGGAGGCGCCACCCGUUACGCCGACCGAGGAAUCAUCCCGCGAGCAAUCAGCCUCAUCUUCAAGGAGCUGAGUCAGCGGAGCGACUGGACAUACACCGUGCACUUCAGCUACCUUGAGAUCUACAAUGAGCAGGGGUAUGAUUUGUUGGAUCCAACGCAUGAAGAUUCGAAAUCGUUGGAAGAUCUGCCGAAGGUCACGCUUAUGGAGGAUGAGGAUAAGCAGAUUCAUCUGCGCAACUUGUCGGCGCACCCCGCCUCGAACGAAGAGGAGGCCCUCAACCUGCUCUUCCUCGGCGAUACCAACCGCAUGAUCAGCGCUACGCCCAUGAACCAAGCCUCAACCCGGGGGCACUGCAUUUUCACGGCCAGCAUUGAGGCGCGGAAAGCGGGGCACGACAUGGUUCGACGUUCGAAACUGCAUCUGGUCGAUCUGGCCGGGUCCGAGAGGGUCAGCAAGACGCACGUGGAUGGACUCAUUCUCAAGGAGGCCAAGUAUAUUAACCUGUCGCUACACUUCCUGGAACAGGUGAUCGUGGCGCUGCAGGAGCGCAGCCAGGGCAAGGCGCGCAGCCACGUGCCUUACCGCAACUCCAUGAUGACGUCAGUGCUGCGCGACAGCCUGGGCGGGAACUGCCGCACCGUCAUGAUUGCCACUGUGAACACGUCAGCAGAGCAACUAGAGGAGACCAUCUCGACGUGCCGCUUCGCGCAGCGGGUAGCUCAGAUCUCGAACCAGGUUUACGUUAACGAGGAGCUUGACCCGGUGCUGGUCAUCCGGCGGCUCAAGCAGGAGAUAAGGGACCUCAAGGAGGAACUGCGGCUACUCAAGGGCGACGAUGCGGACCGGGGUCCCAUCACCGAGAGCGAGAUCGAGCAGAUUGGGAAGCAAAUCGAACGAUACGUCCAAGACCCGUCUCCCGAGGCUGCUUUAAAUGUUGGCACAAGUAUGAUGCACAUACGGGCAGCGUUUGAGCUUUUCAAGAAGUUGUGCAAGGACCGGAAAGUGGAGAAGCGUGCCGCGGCCGCGGGCGCGCCGAACCCCGAAUUCGCAAAAGGGGUUAGCGGGAGGAUUGCGGUUAACGGGACGGUUCCGGAGAGUAAGGAGCGGGUUCCGGAGGCGACGGCGGCGGAAGCGGAAGAGGUGAAGAAGCUGCGGCUGCAAUUGAAACAGAGGGAUAACGAAGUGAACAUUUUGGUGGCGAUGUUGAAGGGACGAGGAGUGGACGGAGCAGAGGCCUUGUUACAAUCGAGGACACACGCCCCUGAGGCUACGGAGGCGCAGUCAAAAGCGACAAAGCCCCCGACAGGGCCUCUCUCGGAGCCGGUCGCGAGUCCGACCGGAACCGAACGGAACGGAGCGGAAAAGGCGGGGCGCGGCGGGGUGUCGAGCGUCGCGGCCGCGCUGAUCAAAGCGCGCGCGACGAGCCCGACGAAAGGGGCAAUUCCCGAAGCAAGCGCGCGCGCGACAGGGGCGGCUUCCGACGAGAGCGCGCGCGCGCCGGCUCAGGACUUGAGCCUGGGCCUGCUGGCGGACCGAAACAAGGCGUUUGAGAUGUUCCGCAAGAGCUACCGGAAGAACGAGGUGAUCGAGGAGAACAAGGCUAUUCUGAAGGCCAAGUACACGGAGGCGAAAGCGCUCGGGGAGACCGUAAAUGCCGCCCGGGAGCACAUCAACGGCCUCAAGUCGCGCAUCGAGCAGCGCCGCAUGAAGCGCGCGAUGGCCGCGGUCGCGGACGGGGGGGAUCCCUCCGCGCUGCCGCCCGACCCGGAGGAAGAGGCGCUGAAGCACGAGAUCGACGAGCACAAGGGGACGUACAAGGACGGGUUUGCGCGGUUGAGGGAUCUCAAGAAGGAGAUCGAGCACCUGCAGAUGAUCCUGGAACAGAGCCGGGUUCGGCUACAGGCCGACUUCGAGCAGUGGCUCAACAUCAUGGCGCGUCAGCAGCAGCCCGGCGCCCACACCGCGGCCCGGCCAACGUCGCCCCUAGGCGAAUCCAACGCUAACCUGCUUGGCAAUUCGCGCGAGCCGGCCGCGAGCCUUCGCUCUACAAAGGCCGCCCGCGCGGACGUCGGCGCCCCCGACGAGCGCGCGGAGCGCGCGUCGCGGCCGCUCAGCGCACCGAACCGGUCCGCACGAGAGAAAAAAGAGGCCCCUUUCGUGGGCGAUGAUAGUAGAAGAAGGGACGGGGCGCUGAGCCCAAGCCCGGUGGAAAGCCCCGGGCAGUCGUUCGCGCGCGCACCGAGGAGCGCUUGGGGCGCUGGCGGGUCCGCCGCCAGCACGCCGUCGGCUUUUCAGGCUUCGGACGUGGCGUCGCCCGCGUCUUCGGCUGCUUUCUCGCCAUCCAGUUUCCCUGCGGCAAGGGCGCACGAAAAUCAGGAAGCGCCGCAGAGUAGCAGGUUUGACCGACGCAAAGAUGCGGGCUCUACGCUAGAUGGAUCGGGGGAUAGAAAUAGUUCCGGGGCCGGGCCAGGCAGGAGGAGAGAGCCUGGAGCGGAUUCCGCUACGGACCAGAACGGAAGGCCCUUGUCUCCCAGUACGCAGUGGGCGGUCCAGCGCGCGGCGCCGAUCCUGACGGGAAACGCGGAGGCGGACGCGGACAUCAUCGCGUUCUAUAAGGCGCGCGAGAAGCUGCUAAGUAACGCGCGCCUAUCUGGGACGGCCGCGCCGCAAAGCGCGCAAGGUGGCAGACAAUGAGGACGCCUUGUGUACCGUACCGCGUCGGGUCCUUAGGUUUCCCGAGUGAGAAAGUAAUUGGAAGAUCCCAAGUCCACUCUGAAAGUCUUGAGUAGUGUCCGUUGAAAACAAGACGAAAACAAAAAUACAAGUUCAUUCUCUG